AUGAGCAAGAAGAAGAGAGAAGGAGGCGGAGGAGGAAAAGGCGGUGGGGGAGGGGCUCAUCAGCACAGGGGAGGCGGCGGCGGGCCGACGGCGGUAACGGAUGUGCUCUCCAUGGACGGCGGCCUCCGCGAGGUGUCGGUCUCGGUCGUCUUCUCCGUCUGGUGUCUCCUUUUCCUCCUGCGCUCCCAGUUCCUCAACAGCCAGACCGACGACCCUUCCGAUUUCUACGGCGAGCGCGACAACUACUGCAAGGUCAUGCCACUGGAGGCAUACAUAUUCCCGGCCGAUAACGCCUCCUCCCCGACGUGCCAAUCCUCCUCCUCGCCGCACCGCCCAGCUGAAGCGCUACCACCGUCCAACGCAAGCGGCGGCAACUCGUCGACCGAGGCGGCCUUUGUGGAGCUGGACGAGUUCCGGAGCCGCAUCCUGCAGGGCAAGGCCGACAACGACAGCGGCCGGCACCACCAGCGCGUCGCCGACGGCGCCACGCACCGCCUCGAGCCUAGCGGCGCCGAGUACAACUACGCGGCGGCGUCCAAGGGAGCCAAGGUGCUCGCCCAUAACAAGGAGGCCAAGGGCGCCUCGAACAUCCUCGACGGCGACAAGGACCGCUACCUCCGCAACCCGUGCUCCGCUGACGACAAGUUCGUCGUGGUGCAGCUCUCCGAGGAGACGCUGGUCCACACCGUGGCGCUGGCUAACCUGGAGCACUACUCCUCCAACUUCAGAGACCUGGAGCUGUACGGCAGCCUGAGCUACCCGGGGGAGGCGUGGGAGCUGCUGGGGCGGUUCACGGCGGAGAACGCCAAGCACGCUCAGCGCUUCGUGCUGGCGGAGCCCCGGUGGACGCGCUACCUCCGGCUGCGCCUCGUCAGCCACUACGGCUCCGGGUUCUACUGCAUCCUCAGCUACCUCGAGGUGUACGGCAUCGACGCCGUGGAGCGGAUGCUGCAGGACUUCGUCGUCAGCCACAGCCCCGACGCGGACGCCGCAAAGGCCGCCGCCGACGCCCGUAAGGACAGCGGCCACAACGACACCGCCGGCUCCCAGGUCAACGCCAGGCAGGUGGAGGGCAGCGGGCGGAACGACAGCGCCGGCGACGUGGCCAAGAACAACGGCUCGAGGGUGGCGGACGGGAAGCCCGCGCAGGCGCAGGGCAAGGAGGCGGUGAAGCAGGCGACGGGGCGGGUGCACGGCGACGUGGUGCUCAAGAUCCUGAUGCAGAAGCUGAGGUCCCUGGAGCUGGGGCUGUCGACGCUGGAGGACUACACCAAGAUGCUGAACCAGAGGUACGGCGGCAAGCUGCCGGACCUGCACAACGGGCUGACGCAGACAGGCAAGGAGCUGGAGAAGAUGAAGGCGGACGUGGAGGAGCUGGUGGAGUGGAAGGACAAGGUGGCGAGGGAUGUGGGAGAGCUGAGGGACUGGAAAUCAAGCGUCUCGAGGAAACUAGACCAUCUGGUCAGGGAGAACGCGGCGCGCAGGUGGGAUGUGGAGGAGAUGAGGAGCAUCCAGGAGACGCUUCAGAACAAGGAGCUGGCGGUGCUUUCCAUCAGCCUCUUCUUGGCGUGCGUCGCGCUCUUCAAGCUGGCGUGCGACCGCUUGCUGCUGCUCUUCGCCAGCAAGGAGGAGGACGGGGCAGGGACGGGGUGGAUGCUCGUGUUGGCGGCCAGCAGCCUCACCACCCUCAUCGUGUCUACAGCUGAAUGA